AUGCCGCCCCGCCAUCGCUCGUCGUCCGGCUACCGCAGCGUCCGCGCGCGCCCGAACGACACUUUAUACGCCGAGAUCCCCUCCGGCGAUGAGCGCAUCGGGCUCGGCACGUUCGAGACGGCGCACGAGGCGGCGCGCGCCUACGACGCGGUCGCCUGGUGCCUCGGCCGCUCCCACCGCACCAUGAACUUCCACGACGUGUGGAUGCGGGAGCAGGCGGCAGCGCUCGCGCCGCCGCCGCCGGCCGUCACGCGCGAGCAGCAACAGCACCAGCGCGAGCUCGAGCAGCGGCUCGUCAUCACGGAGCGCGACGAGCGCCUCCGCCUCGAGUGGGCGCGGCAGUUCCCGGAGGAUUCGCCGCGAUGGAGGCCUUCUACGCGAAGAAGGAGGAGGAGAAGGCAGCGGCGGCGGCGAAGAAGAAGGCGGAUCGCGACGAGCGCCGGGCGAAACUUCAAUUUCUACGAGUUGCAGCUUUGA